AUCAAACAAAAUGGAGGAUAUACAAGCACGUGUGCAGAAAGCAGUUCAUGAAUCUGUUGCACGAAUCGACAAAGAAUGUCUGCGGAAAAUGCAGGCAGACAUGCAUCGGUGUAGUGUGAAAUGUUGUGAAAACACGAGUGCAGGACUUGAUGAAACUCAAAAUUGCCUUGAAAGAUGUUCCAUUCCUGUGAACAAAGCUCAGACCUAUCUCCAUAAAGAACUCCAAAUGUUUCAGGACCGUCUCCAGCGGUGUGCCAUGGACUGCCAAGACAGAGUCCGAGACAAAGUAACGGCCAACACAACGGAGGCAGAGGCUAGCAAGUACCGAUCAGAGCUAGAGGCGUGCGUUGUCAAAUGUGGCAAUGCCCACGUAGACAUGCUCCCGGGCAUGAUGAAGAAAAUACAGGGUGUUUUGAACAAAGGACAAUAUUGAUAUUGUAUUAGCUUAGAGACAUAUAUCAUUUCAUGUGUAAAUAUAGUUUGAAUUGUGUGAUGAAUGAGUGACAAUUAAUCCGAUGGUAGUAGAAGUGUUGUGAAGAUAACUUAAGAAAGAGGAUUGUUUGAAUGCCAAGUAGAAUGAAGGAUUUCCAAACUUAGCCUUGAAUUCAUUCCCCUUGAACAAGUUCAUUCAUGAGGUGUAUGAAGUCAAGGUGUAUGAAUUCAAAGCAUGUUUAAGGUGUAUGAAUUUAAGGCCUAUGAAUUCAAGGCCUAUUUAGGGUCUAUGAUUUUGAGGCCUAUUUAAGGUUAUGAAUUCAAGGCCUAUUCUAUGUUUACAAUCAAAAGAUAGUAGUGCUUUUGGGGAUGUCAUGUAGGGGUAACAAACUUUGGAAGUUUACGUAUGAUUUCACCCAUGAAACCAAGUCAUUGUUUUGGACCCAAAUUACUGGGUUAUUGAUUCAAUCAGUAUGAAGCAGAAGAUUAAUGAUUGAUAAUAUUAGAAUGCAGUGUGUACCAAGUUUCGAAAUAGUUCAAAUGUUAACAAAGUCCCUAAAAGUAGGGAUAAAAUAAAAAUAAAAGUUUAUUCUCUGGCAGUAAUUAUUACAUGAUUACAGUAAGAAAUUAGAGAAUUUGUUCGGGUAAGUCAUGAUUCCGAAUGCCCUGUGACGAUCAAGAAUGCAUCAAGUGAUCUUUUAUUUGAGACCAGUCCACUGGUGUAUUCAAAGACGGGUGGGGAGAGUAAGAUAUGGACCAAUGACACAGAACACAAAUACCUUUUUCUUUAUUAUUGAAAUACCCCUGUGCACACUUUGAUCCACCUCUGGGUGACAUUACUACAAUUUUCAUAAGGCUGUUGUCAGGACCAUCAUCUUCAGUGACCAUGGUAACAUAGGCUGUGAAAGAAGUUAACAAGGUUACCUCCAGAUUGAUGAGUGAAGACUUUUUAAGCAUGGACAUAUUUCAUACUCAAGUGGUUGUUGAAUUGAAGAAGUGUUGCUUCAGAUAACAUUGUAAUCAUCCCAGCAUUUCUUGUUAUUGUUUAUAAAUUUUCUUAAUGGUGUAUUUUAUUCUGUCAACAGUUAACAUUAAGCAUUUACUGGGGGCACGGGUGGCCCAGUCGUCUAAGGCGCCGCGAUUCACUGUGCAGAGUUGCGUCCCUUGGGCACGCCUGAAACCUAUGAUUGUGGGUUCGAAUCCCGGUUUGCCCCGAUUAUGUUUCUA